CGCGGGCUUUCUGCCCCACCAAGCUCUCUCUUCCCAAGCAUCGCGUCGACACCCAGUCUCACCACUCAACGCAGCACUCUCUGAAUCCUCAAAGUACCUGAGAGUCCGAACUAUAUCACACUUCACAAAAUGUCAGCCGACGCGUUACCGAAGCCCGUCGUCUACUGCGGAGUAUGCAGUCUUCCACCUGAAUACUGCGAGUUUGGCGGAACAACGAAGAAAUGUGAGGAAUGGCUAGAAGAGGCGCAUCCAGAUCUGCACGCGAAGCUGUACUCAGCAGAAGCGCUACAGCAGAACAUGGCCUCCCUCUCCGUCGACGCCCAAAAACGCGCCGAAAAGGACGCACAGAAGAAAGCCGCCAAAGCUGCAACAGCCGAAGCACGCGCAGCCGAGACCCGCGCAUCGUCCAAGAUUCUCAUCAAACGUAUCGAACGCAACAAGCGGAAAUACGUCACCGCCGUACAGGGUCUGGAAGCGUUUGGUCUCGACAUCAAGAAGGUGGCAAAGGACUUUGGCAAGAAGUUCGCGACAGGGUCAAGUGUCACCAAGAUCCCGGGUGGCGGCGAGGAGAUCACAGUGCAGGGUGAUUUGAGCGAGGAUAUCUUGGAGUUCUUGGUGGAUAAGUACGAUGAGGUGCCUGAGGACAAUUGCGAGUUGAUAGAGGAUAAGAAGAAGAAGAAGGCUGAGGGAGGUUGAGUGGCUUGACGGGGCGUUGGGUGUCAGGAGAUGAAGUGUAUAUCAGCAUAAGCAUAGGAGUUGUUUGCUGGCGCAUGUAGGCGCAAGAUAGAAGAUGAGGAACUCAUGAUUGGAGACCAGUCCACUGUAGAGGGCGUGGCUUCGUGUUUAUCCGUUCCUUUACCCUCGUUGCAGCAUAGCAGUGCAUAUGUCCAGAUGAUAGGGCUAUCAACGCGUCUCUUGUGAUGCAAUACACGGGACGAAGAAGCAUGUGCUGUCCAUCGUGUACCCUCGAGACACAUCAUACAUCUGUAAAUGUAGUAUCACGAUAAUGAAAAAGGAUCUCUUCAUCUUUGAAACGAGUUGUGAUACUCAAUUAGCA